AAGUUAGAAACUAUCGAAGCUACCAAAACUCCAAAAAGCCACAAGACAAUCACAAUUGUCAUACACCAAACCAACCAUGACAACAAUUCCAACACACCACGACUCAUAUGAUCGUCUAACACAACUAAAACAAUUCGAUGAAUCAAAACUUGGUGUAAAAGGAUUACUAGAUUCCGGUGUUACAACAAUCCCAUCAUUCUUUCAUCAACCUCCAGAAAAUCUACCUGUCAAAAAACCAAAAAACACAAAACCCAGAAUAACUAUUCCUGUAAUAGACUUAUCUAAAGACAGAUCAACAGUUGUUGACGAAGUUAGACAGUCAGCUUCAAAUCUUGGGUUUUUUCAGAUUGUUAAUCAUGGGGUUGGUGUUGAAAUGAUUGAUAAGUUGAUUGAUAGUAUGAAGAGUUUUUUUGAGUCAAGUAAUGAGUAUAAGAUGAAGUUUUAUCAUAGGGAAGCUGGAAAAGGUGCUGCUUAUUCUACAAAUUUUGAUUUGUAUCAGUCUAAAGCUGCUAGUUGGAGAGACACUCUUCAGGUGAGGAUGUCACCUGUGGAGCCAGACUGGGAGGCAGUGCCGGAGAUGUGUAGGGAGGCACUGAAAAAUUGGGAUAAGGCGGUGGUGGGGUUAGGGGAAGACCUGAUGUCGAUUUUGUUGGAAGGAUUGGGAGUAAAGAAUGACAGAUUGAAGGAGUUGACAUGUUUGGAAGGAAGGGUAUAUGCAUCCCAUUACUACCCUAAGUGUCCGCAGCCUGAGCUCACCGUGGGGCUAAAUUCUCACACUGACCCAGGGGUGUUGACCGUGCUAGUGCAGAAUGAGAUUGGCGGGAUGUUGCAGGUCAAAUGUGGCGAAGACUGGGCUGAUGUUGAGCCAACUCCUGGUGCCAUUGUUAUCAACAUAGGUGAUCUGCUUCAGAUGCUGUCUAAUGAUGAAUAUAGAAGUGUUGAGCACAGAGUAUUGGCAAACUCUGUUGAAGGCGCACGGGUCUCCACUGCGGUUUUUUUCAAUCCAAGCAACCGAGAGAAAAAUUUUGGACCAUUACCAGAGCUCGUAUCUGCUGAGAAACCUGCAGUUUACCAGGAAUUCUCUUAUGCAGACUACAUGAAAAGGUUUUUCACCAAGGAGCUUGAUGGAAAGACGUUAACGAAUUUCUACAAAAUUGGUAACACAAAUGCCUGAUUUGUAUAUAUGGCUAUCUAUAUGCUAAAUAUGUUAGUGUGUGGAUUCUUAUAGAUCAAAAUACAUUAAUACAGUGAUACAAUUCUUAUAGCAACACACUCAUCGUAAUUUGAAGAAUUGCAAAACCUCAUGUUUAAUCUUGGUA